UCGGAAGCGGGCGUUCGCGGAGGACCGGCCUGGGGGAGCCACUCGGAGCGGGCAAGGGGCGUGGUGCCAACGAGGCGUCUGCCGGUACAAGAGAGGGUGGCGUCCGCGGCUGAACCUGUUGGACCUCCCAGCGACCAGAGGAACCCUCCCAGCUUCCAGGGCUCUGGCGAGAGCUCAGCAGGGGCAGGAAUGGAGGAAAACACAGACCUGUUUGAGGGGGAAGACUCCAAGUCACGGACUAUGUCAGUGGAUCUACAGACGGAUUCAUCACUACAGGUCGAGAUCUCUGAUGCAGUCAGUGAGAGAGAUAAAGUGAAGUUUACAGUUCACACAAAGACAAACCUCGCUCACUUUAAGCAGCCGGAGUUCUCAGUAGUUCGUCAGCACGAAGAAUUCAUUUGGCUCCAUGAUGCCUAUUUGGAAAAUGAGGAUUACGCUGGGAUUAUUAUCCCUCCUGCCCCCCCAAAGCCGAACUUUGAUGCGUCAAGGGAGAAGCUGCAGAAACUUGGAGAGGGGGAUGGUUCGAUGACCCGUGAGGAGUUUGCCAAGAUGAAGCAAGAGCUGGAAUCCGAGUACCUGGCCAUCUUUAAGAAGACUGUGGCGAUGCACGAAGUUUUCCUGCAGCGUCUGGCUGCUCACCCACAGCUCCGGAGGGACCACAACUUCUUUGUGUUUCUGGAGUAUGACCAGGAUCUAAGUGUUCGUGGUAAGAACAGGAAGGAGAUACUGGGUGGAUUUCUGAAGAACAUUGUGAAGACUGCUGACGAAGCACUAAUAACUGGGAUCUCAGGGAUUAAGGAAGUCGAUGAGUUCUUUGAACAUGAGCGAACCUUCCUAAUUGAAUAUCAUAAUCGGGUCAAGGACGCCACCUUGAAGGCAGACAAGAAAACUCGCUCGCACAAAAAUGUAGCUGAGGAUUACAUCCCAAUCUCUUCUGCCUUAUCUGGUUUGGGAACUCUGGACUCUAACCCACUCAGCAAAAACUUCCUCAAACUUGCAGAACUUUUUGAGAAACUCCGGAAAUUGGAAGGUCGUGUGGCCUCUGAUGAAGACUUGAAGCUUUCAGACUUGUUGAGAUAUUACAUGAGAGAUUCACAGGCAGCAAAAGACCUUCUGUACCGGAGAGCUCGCUCUCUGUCCGAUUACGAAAAUGCCAACAAAGCCCUGGACCGAGCCCGCAUGAAGAACAAGGAGGUGAAGCACGCGGAGGCCAAUCAGCUGCUCUCCUGUCAGAAAUUCGAGAAGCUCUCUGACUCAGCCAAGCAAGAGCUCACGGACUUUAAAGUUCGAAGAGUCUCUGCCUUUCGGAAGAACAUGAUUGAAAUGACUGAGCUGGAGCUAAAACAUGCUAAGGCCAACCUGUUACUACUGAGGAAUUGCCUGAGUUCACUGCGAGGGGAACAGUAACCUGUCCCCAAAGCUACACUACACGGUGUUCAGAGAGGAGCAGCUUUCUAUCACCCUACCCCCACCAACAAAAAAAAAACUUUUUUUAUUUUUCAUGUUAGAAUUGUUUUGGCAGCUGAGAAGUGAAAACCAGCUGGAAGGUUGGAGAUUGCAAUGUGGUUCUGCCAGUCAUUGGAUAUGACUUUUUCCUCUCACCCCUGCCGAGUUAGGGGCUGUUUCCCUCUGCCUAUGGACUGGGGAGGAGGGAGGGUGACUCCAUCAUUAGGGGGAUGUUGAACAUGCAGCUUCUGUGUAGGAAGGCUGACCCUACAGUCCUACUCACUCUUUCUCUUCCCACCCCCCCCCCCCACCACCCAUUCAAAGGGGUGUUCAUGUAGGUCGCCUGAGGGAAGGAUCUCCCUGACCAAGACGAUGUUUGCUGUCCACUUUCUUCCCAACUCUUGUUUAGACCACAACUCAUCCAGCUCUCCCAGUCACCUGAUUGCAGCCUGUUCACUGAACUGCCCUGGUAGUUGAUGCUAGACAACUGCAGUACUUCAGUACUGUAGGUCUACUUUGGCAAGUGAUUAUCCUUAUUCCACAGUGUACCUUUUAUCAGUGGGUAACCUCUGAAGACAAGAUACCUCUUAUUUUUGCCCCACCACAUGGGGGAACAAUGGCAGAUGAGCUUGUGACAAUCCCCAGCACUUGUUCUGACCACAUCCAGUGGCAGUAUGUGCACAGUUGCAACUGGACUGACUGAUAAGAACUGGAGGCCCUGCUUCUUCAGCAUAAAUUUCAACUCCUUGUAACAAAGAAUUUGUUUUAAACCACUGGAGGGGGCACUUUAGGUCAGUGUGGGGAGACCUUCACUAUCUCACCUUCAUGCUGUCCCUGUCUUGGGUGUGUUUGAUGGGAUCGGUGUAGAGGGAGUUUUACACUCACCCUGGCAGUGGUUGAUUUGUUUUUUUUUUGGGAUUAACACUCCCUCCAGUGAUCGAAGGAACACUACAUAUGUGGAGGGAGUGUGUGCAGCAAACAGUGCUUGCUGCUGGACAAUAUUUGGUAGAUAUUGCUAAAGGUAUUGUCACUUUUGUGUUGACCUGCACAAAUGACUACUGUUGUUCUCCAAUCCUUGAUAUUGUCAACAGGCAAGCCUUACUGCAUGUCUAAUCACAUUCAAUGAAAUUAUUUAAUUUACUAGGUCUAAAAUUAAAUGCACUAUGUAAAAGAUUAAAUUCCAAAAUCAAAUUUUGAACACUGAGCUUAAAUGAAGGGAACAGUAAUGUAAGGACUUGAGCCCCAGGCUGUUGUGUAAUUGUUUGAAGUCGAUUUAAAUUUAUGUAAAGGUCUUCAAUUUGUAAAUAAAAUAUCAAGCAGAAAAUCAAA